ACACCGUGCGGCCCAACACACUCACACCUGCGACGUACCCCGCGGUGUGCUCGUCCGUGUGCGGACGUCUCCUCAGUGUUGUUCCCCCUUUGGCUCACCUACCUACCUACCUAUCUACCUACCUACCUACCAACCUACCUACCUACCUACUUACUAAACCUACCCGCCAGCCUACGAAUUCAGUCUCCCCGCCCAAUCGACAGUACCCACGACGGUAUAUGCCUGCGUGUCUGUUGACUUGUAUACGCGCGUCUCACCACCGGAGUGUGCACGUGUGUGGGUGUAUGGUGCGUGUCAGUGUGUCCGUGUACGGCAUUCAUACGCGGCAUCGGCCGCUUUACACACCGUCACACGGCUUACUCACCACCGUACAGACCACACUCCGCUCUCGUCGCGUCUCACGAAUCUCCUCCGCGAGCGCUCUCGGUUCUCGCUGAUAUUCCGCUUCGUCCGCGGCAGGAAGGAGCAGGAGGAGGAGGGGGGAUAUCACACGCCUCGAGAGAGGACCUGGACAACGGAGCACGGGCACCAAACGAUCGCCGGACGGUGGUGAGCAACGUGGUUGGCUCCUUCCGUCGCUCCCGAGAGAGAAACCGACAGUCAGGACUCGGCUGUCCUGUCGACCACGACACGACACGCGCUCAACACGCGUGACCCGAUUGAUCGAGCCUGCAACGGGAUUGAUUUAUUGCGCGAUCUCUCGGGAGACCGGUCGCCCGCACCCGACAGGAUCGUCGCAGAGAUUGAAACGGUCGUCGUUCAACGCCAACCGAGACGCGAGCGAACUCUAGUCAGGAAGAGUAGGAAGAGGGUGAUCCUCGCAGACAAGAAGCUGUCCGCGCUGUGGUGUGUGGCACUCGAUUCGUUUUACUCGAGAAGGGACACGCGUUGUGUGCAUCACGAACCGGGAGAGCGGGAGCGAUCGGAACCGUUAUCCAAGCACGUGGUCGGCACCACGAGGUAUCGAAGGAACGAGAAGCUUCCUGGUGAAUCGCUAAACUACUAAGGGGAGAUUCGACACAGAUCAGCGGGAUGUUUGUGCGGACGUUUCGAGAUCUCGCAACCUUGUAGAUAUCUAGGGCCGAUAUCUAGGCGCAAAUACGAAGGCCCGAAAAGGAAGAAGAAGGAGAGUGAUCUCGAGUGUGAGGAUAGUGUGUUGUUUGAAAACGAGUGCUCUUCUUUAUUCACAGCGCUUUCUGCUACCUAUUUUCUCUCUCUCUCUCUCUCUCUCUGUUUUUCUCUCUCCCUCGCUCCCUCCCUCUCUCUUUCUCUUCUAUCCCCUACAUCUAUCUUUCUCCUUGGAUCCUCUUGUGAGCACAACGAAGGUGGAAAAGUGUCACGAACCAGCGCAAGUGACGGAACGACCGAUCCCCUCGGCGUCAAGGUCGUGGAAUGACGUAUAAGACUAUCCCGAGCGGAGAGCAGGAGCAAGGCCGAGGGUGACAGAGACAGUGUGAUGAGCGGAUACCUCGGUAGCAUCACCCUGCCCCCGACGUUGCUGCGCGAUCCCAAGUAUCCUCCAGCCAUGCGGGAGAAGGACUCGAGCCCGAGGAAGAUGCCGGGCCACAUAAGCCCAAAGCAAGCCAGCAUUUAUCCCUUGAGCGUCCGCGUGCCAGACGUCGAGGAGCUGCCAUACGACCUCAGCCAUGGCCAUGGUCGCGGCUUGUCGAGCCCGACGAACCAACAACAGCAGCAACCGCACAUGAGCCCCGCGGCCAGACCACCGCAGCCUCAUCAUCAAGACGAGCUCGACUGCGAGCCGCUCGAUCUGCGCGUCGAUCACAAGAAGGAGCGGCUCAGGGACGAGAAUCAGAAUGAGAUCGAGGUGCUGAACCAGAAUAGCCUAGGCGGUAGUCUGCCAUAUCACACGGUGCUCUUCCCCCAGCAUCACGCGAUGCACCCGUUGGUGCUGGAGGCGAUGUACCGGUCACACCAUCACGGCUCAUCGGUGCCCGAUCUGCCAAAGAUCCAAGUCAGAGCGUUGCCGACGAUGGUGCCGCUGCCGCCUAACAGAUUCUCCUCGACGACCUCGUCGACCACCUCGCCCUCCUCGUCGCAACCGACAGCGAGGGCCGUCAGUCCGACCGGUGCUCAACAGUCGCAACAUCCGCAACAGAAUCAUUCGUCGCAGCAGCAGCAGCAACAUCAGCAGCACCAGCAGCAGCAGCAGCAGCAACAACAGCAGCAACAGCAACAGUCGCAACAACAAGGCUCGAGUCUGCCGCCGUACUCGAUCAGCGUGCAGGCCGGCCUCAAACCCAAGGACAGAUAUUCCUGCAAAUUCUGCGGUAAGGUCUUUCCCAGAUCGGCGAAUCUGACGAGACACCUGAGGACGCACACCGGCGAGCAACCAUACAAGUGCAAGUACUGCGAGAGGAGCUUCAGCAUCUCCAGCAACCUGCAACGUCACGUGAGGAACAUCCACAACAAGGAGAAGCCGUUCAAGUGUCCGCUCUGCGAGAGAUGCUUCGGCCAGCAGACUAAUCUGGACAGACAUCUGAAAAAGCACGACGCGGACGGGCCGACGAUACUGGACGAAGUCAGAUCGAGGUAUCAUGGUCAGCUGCCGAAGGCCGACGAGUCCUACUUCGAGGAAAUUCGCAGUUUCAUGGGGAAGAUCACGUCGCAACGGCAGGGGAUAUCGUACUUCCCGGGUCUGCUGGGUCACGCCACUGACGAUUACAGAAACGACAAACAGCAGUUGCAGUUGGAGGAGAAGCGGGACCUGUCGUACUUCAGCGACCGGGACAACCUCAGCUCGAGGUCGAGCGGCACGACCAGCAGGCCGGAGAGCGUCCAAGAGGAACAGAGGGAGGCGAACUCGCCGCCACUCUCCCCCGGCAACAACACCUGAGUCCUGGUGCGCGGUCAUUAGCAUGGUAACCCGUUAUCAGAAUGCGACUGGUUCACAGUCGGAAGAGAGAGAGAAAGAGAGACGUUUCGCCGAUUCGUUAGAGCGUGGUGGAGUCCGAGAGGAAGAGAGAAAGAAGAGGAAGAAGAGAAAGAGAAAGAGAGAGAGUGCUCGAUGUGUAUUUCGAGCCGUCGGGAUCGAACGAAAGCGAAAGUCUCGGGAGGGUUAUAAAUUUCCGACCAAACGAGACUCCACGACAACGAUACCGCCACGAAGAACUGCUAAUACUCGUGGUGAUCCUAGAUUAAUCCGAAACUAUUAGUGCACGAGGUAAAUCAUUCUGCGUAGAAAUUCCUCGCCGCGAGCCGAGAGAGCGUCAAAGAGAUGCCGACGGAAUUUGAAAAGACGAAAAAGCGAGAGCGAUCUAUUAAUGAAGGUAGAUCUGACUCGAGAGAUCGGCGGAGAGAAUCAUUUGCUCAAGACGACGAGCGAUACGUAGUCGGGUCAUCGUUUUCUAUAUGCUAGAUUUUAACGAUCGCGGGCUUCGAGAGACAAAUUCGUCAAACGACGAGCAGCCGACGAGAGGGUUCAGACGUGAAUCCAAUUCUCUAUGAGGAAGCAAGAAAACGAAUUGGAACGCGCGGUGCCUUGGAGAAACAUGUGCCUAACUUCUAGGACGUAUCGUCCUUCGAUCCUGAAGAAUACGAUCCGAUCGGAUCGAUAAUACGAAGAGCCUUAAUUAAGCUAAAUAAAUGAGAUAAAUUACGCGCUAGAUACCAUACUAGAUAAUUCUAGACUUAAACGCGUGUUUGAGCGAGCCGGAAAGUCACUGAGAAACAGGCAAAGUCGGUCGCAAUCUACAGACCAAUUUGCGAAGAGCGCGUAAGCCAUAAAAAGAACGUCUAAUAGAAUUCCAAUUAAAAGAGACAUGAGAUGUCUUGAUAUUUUACAAGAUUGUCUUGGCUGCAUAUAUUUUCACUUCUAAAUUUGCGGAGCUUCGUUUCAAUAACAUGAAGCAUUUUGUUAAGCUUGUUCUCUUCGCAGAUCGGACGAUAGGAUCCCAACGGACCGGUAUAUACAAAGUAUAGUUCAUUUACGCUCGCAAGCUGUCGCAAUCCUCUCGUUUAUGCACCGGGAAUUAUAAUUAUCUCUCUCGCGUAAACUCGAAUCUCGCUACGAUGUAAAAUCUCACUUUCAAUCGUGAAGAAAAAUGCAAGCUGCGUCGAAUGGUCAGUAUAAUCUGCAAAUAGUGAGAAAGUUCGGAAAGAACGAUAUCGCUCUGAAAUUACGUUGAAUCGCGCCGCGGAUUACGGCAUGACGCAUGACUAAUUUGCAAAGAAGAAAGACCAGCAUGGGAGAAUAAAAGAAAAAGCGCCAACGCUGUAAUUAAGGCCGUCGCGUCGAUCCUUUCGAUCGUCCCUGCACUUUUCCACCUUUCACGACGCAUUCCUCUCGCGCGAUCAGCUCGAAGCUGCAGAAGUUUGAUUUCUAGAUCGACGCGGCGUCAAGUAUCGUCCGAAGAAGUCGCGCGCGAUGUAUGCUCUCAGGUGUCGUCGAUUGGUCCUAUAAGUUCACAUCGAAUAUAAAAAAAAGUCACACAAUUACGAUAAUAAAAAUAAUCUUCUCAGACGCGAUUUGCCGCCUUUCUUGUCGGUGCAGUAUGAAAUACCCGACUUCUAAUAUUCGUAUUCGACAAAUCUAAUUUUCCCGCAUCCACAUAGUGUCUGGAGUACUUGAGUGCACGUCCAAGAUAGUGCAAUCCGACGAGCACCACGGCUUGCAAUCGCUGGAAGCGGUCGUGCACGUCGCAUACCGCAAGAUCCGCGCGUGCUCGUCGCGCGAACAUCGAAGUUCGAUGAUCGCGUGGCGCGGCGAAGAGGUUCGCAACCCAACGAGGCGGACGAAAAAGUCCUUUCGUGGAAGGAAAAGUCGGUGAGAGAACACGGGACGGAUUCGUAUCGGCAGAAAACGCGGCUCUGAUGGGUGAGCGCUCGAUUUUACGACCUAGAAAGUGAAUUUCAGCACUCGGCCAACUCGGGCGCAACUUCGGACGUAAUCCGCGGAUCGCGGCCCGCCGGGCCCAAUGAUCCGCUGAGAGGAGGCCGAUAAUAAAAUAGCGUUUAGAAAUCGAUGGGCGGAUCCGCGUCUUGCCGACCGGGCCGCGCGUUGGGAAAUAAGAACUGACGGAAGAGCUCGGAAAGUUCGUCGCACUCUGCGCGCCUCGGAUCGUUAAGUUUUUAAUCGGGGAAGCGGUGACGUGUCGCGGCUGUGCACCAGAAAUGAUCGUCGCGAAAUGAAAACGCGGAUACAAUGUUCUCUGAUCUUCUCGAGGCCGCUUAUUCUCAAACGCACGGAUUAUCGAAGUUCAUUGCAGUAUAUGUUCACGGAAAAACAGUAUGCUUGGGCCACGCAUCAAUCUGCUCGUGCCAAUCAGAUUCAGUAGUAAAAUACGGAACAACUAAUUACGUGGUUGCUGCAACCACAAGACAAUUGCCGAGUUAUUGGCGUUGCAGCAGCGACGAUGUCUGGUUGCUCCAAUCGGAGUGUAUCCAUGAUAAAUGUCACUCCAACCGAUUGCCACAACCAGAUCACGCGCAGCAACACUGAUGUAGUUCAUGUACCAAUAUAACUGAAUCGUAUCAACCAUAUACAUUUCCAUCACAAAGAUAACUAGAAUGAUGCAAUUAUGCUGCUCAAGUAUUCUGGCUAUGUGUACUUUUCUUUCAUCUCAUUAGAGUCAAUCGGGUCGAAUGCGUAAUUAAAAUUUAUCUUCGUUGAAUCUCUUAUAAUUAAAUUAAUCUAAAUUGCAAUUUCGUCAAUUGACGGAAAACACGGAAAACACGGAAAACUUAGCCGUUCUGCAAGCGGAAGAGAGACAUGAGGAAGCUGUUUCUCCGCUUCUGAAACCAGUUCACGUUCGAGAAAAAAAAGGAUCGCGCGAUUAUUAAUAUGCAAUUAUCGCAUUCGCACGCGGCGACGAGCCCCAAGAGAAUUAAUUAUCACGAAAUGGCCACGCGACGAUCCGGAUCUAAAUUACGAACUUUGAGUUGAUCUCUAAUUUGAACUUAAUUCCUUCGCUCAGAAAUUAAGUAACGGCAUAACGAUAUUAGUUUUUCCUUGACGAUUUAUCGAUAUUGAAUACGUCGCGUUAUCAUCUCGUCUAAUAUGCAUGAGACAUCAAAUUCUAAAAGAGUAUUGCCAGACGAGUGUAUUACCGUCAUACUAUAUUCUCGUGGAGAUCUCGCAUUAAGAUAAAAAUACCAAUGUUGGACACUAAUAACACUACUAUUUAACUCUAGAUAUUUUUAUGGUCUUUAUAAAACAUGAAUAUUUAAAGUUUUAAUAUAAAAUACACGCAGGAUGUCCGAUAAUCAAUGACACGUCUAUUGCGCGCAGGCAAAACUCAUUGAACACAAAAUUCUAUCACUUCGCAAACAACCAUGUAAAAUUUUGAGUGAUUAAUUGAGGAAAAUUAACGAAGGAUCGCGUGCGAUGGAUGCUGCAUGAUUGCGCGCGAUAAUGCACCAAUAUUCUUUACUUAAUGGCUAAAAAUCUACGUGGUUAUUUGCAAAAUGGACCUUUUUGUUCGAGUGCUCAGGUUUAUUGGAUGCCAAUGUUAUUAGUGUUCAGGACAAGGCUCAUUACGCGACUCGUCCGCUCUCGCGUUUGGGAAACGAGCAUAGAGGAGAGGAAAGCAGCAAGGGCGAUCCGCUUCGCACGAUGGACUGGUUGCCGGUAUUCGUUGCAGCGAACGCGUCGGGAAGCGAUAUAUAUCCGCCGACUCAGCGCGUUCGCGGGGCGAAUCAUUCCGACAGGCGCUCCUGAGCUCGAACGGUGCGAAAUCUCCCGCGAGGUUCCCAUCGACGGAAGACGUCUACGACGGCGAAGAAAGGACUCGAUCGGAACCGGCGUGGCGGGGCGCGCGCGUGGAAUCUGCAGCGUGGAAAAGCCGCGUGCUUCCUGCCGGCGAUGAUCGGCAAGAAGAGGCGAGUAAACGAGCGGAGCACCUUGGUGAACGUACCGCGGGCAAUCCCACACGGAUGAUGAUAUAUCCCCUCGUUUCCUGCGGACGGUCGCUCAAGACCGUACCUUAGGCGAAACGAUGUAAUCGUCUUCCGCUCCUUAAGUCAGGUGCAAAUUUAUCGGCACUUUCUAGUGAGCGUUCAAUACGCGGCUCGGCGCGCACCACAGGUGCAGAUUCCUCCAGGAGGAUCGCUUGACCUUGAGAUUAACCCGAUCGACGACUCAUGGUAGCAAGCAGAGUGCAACGCGAGGGUCAGAGGCAUAACGGAGCAUAAACUCGAUUGCAUAGAGAAACGAAUGAUCGCUUAUUCUCGCGACAGCUCAGACUGAAGUGGCCUCUGAAAUCUUUCUUCACGUACGCUGGGACUUGUACACUUCGGGGUCUCGUGCGUCCAAAGAUCUUACACAAGUACAACUCCGUUAAUGUAACUGAAUUUUCGGUUACUUACAGACCAGAUGAAAAGCUCGAUUAUAGCAACACAAAGAUUCCUGUAAAAAGUUCCUAUUCGGCCAGUUGUUCUCAAUUACCUCAACCGAGUUUCAAUGCAGCUGAAUGUUCAAAGUAUUUUCAAUCACAGUAACAAAGAUAUCAUUUCUUGUUAGCAAACUUUUCAUCUGGCCCCCAUCCAGUGUUACCCGAAUUGAAAUUAUUUCUCCGUGUAUUGCGGGAAAAGUCGCGUGGUCGCAGACUCUCGCGCGUCUGGUGCACAUGCGAAUAUUUUGCAUAUACCAAGACCCCACUUGGCUCGUACAAACCGCUAUCGCAUGCACGAGGGUCUUACACCUGCGGAAAAUUGAUACGUGUAAACCCCGCUAAAUCACAGUGCUAUAUUGGAAAGGUCAUGGCUCGGGCAGAUGCGUACAUCUUGAUGCCUUGGGCUUAUUCGUCUCACGGACUCCCUUAUUGAGGGUUCUUCUUCACGCACUCCGCGUUAUCUUCCCGAUGAUUAAGUACUUUUUCUCUUAUUACAACUAACUUCUUCUUUCCACCUUCAUGUUCUCUCCUUUCUUCGCUAAUUUUCUACUGCAUAUUCAUUUCGAAUCGAAAAGAAAAUCUCGAAUCGUCUUUGGAGAUCGUCGGCGCGCUCAAAGAGUUAAGCCUCGCGAAUGCGUUCGAAACUUGACCAGCUUCGCAAACAACGUCGGUGAGAAUCGCGGGCGACUCGUUGGCAUUGGAGUCGCGGAGUGGAAUCGUGCGGGAAAUACUCAGAGUCGCGGAUUGCUUUCGUCGGAAUAAUCUCGCAACACGCGAUACCACUAUUACAAGCGCGCUCGGUUUCCUCGAGUUCUCCGGAACGCACUUAAAAAUUCUGACCGACGAGCCUUAAAAACAAACUAAUCGCUUCCCGGCGCGAGUUUACCGCGCUUUCUAGAUCGUGCUCGACACCAUCGGAGCGAAAAACAUAACAAGUCGGGUUCAUGACUGAAAAUGUUAUCUCGCGCGAGUUCAAUUCAUUACGUGGACUUUGCAACCGGCGAUAAUGGCGACGUAAACAAAGCGUUUAUCCGGCUUGCUUCGCCGACCCAUCCGAGUCGGUACGAUAUAUGUCACCCUGUCACCGAGAAAAAAUAUGGUAAAAUAUAUGAGAAGUGCAAAUAUCUCUCGUAGAUACCACUUCUAUUUCAAUGUCGUUCAAUUUACAUCGUUAUCAAGCGAAACCAGCGUAAUAUUCUGACGGUAUCGAUUACCUAUAACGUCCAACCGCGGCAUGGGAAAUUGAUCCCGUCGCGAAAUUCCACCGAUUUCAAUCUCCUCGCGAAAAUCACUUCGCGCUCAUAACGAGUGAUAAUGAAAACGUGACAAUCAGCGUUAAGAUAAUGCACCGUGCAUUAUUUUUGAUAGCCUGUCCUACACUGGCGCACUCUUACUCGCGCAUUAUUUUAUCGAGACUCAAUAUGACUGGCGUAAAUAGCGGCAGAUUAAUUUAACGAUGACGCGGUUAUCGUCAGCCCGCCCGAUUACGACGGCAAUUUCCCGCAAGCCGACGUGUAUAUCGCCGUUGCGCCGCGUUCGCUCGCCGUGGAAACGAUUUAAUCCUUUCUUCCGGUAUGAUAUUGGGUGUAAAUUUAUCGGCACUUUCUACGUUGCGCGCGCGCGAAGGCGACGUACAGGUGCAAAUCCGACCUUGAUUAACCCGAUCAGUGAUUCGUAACACUGUAACGAGAGCCUGUCCGGCUCGAGAGGAUGACGUGAGCUACGAGUAGCUCAAGGUGCUGCCGAGUUCGAGAGUUUUGCAUCUGUCGGCAUCUGAGGCUUUUCCACGCCCUUUUCGUUUCAUCGCGGAGGGCGGACAGACGUACGGGCGUGCGGCUGGAAAACCGCUUUCUACGACGCGCGCGGAUGCAAAUGCGCGAAAGAUGGCGGCGCACGAUACUACCGACAAUGACUCGUAAACCGCAACAUUUUAAACGUAGAUCGCUUCCCCGGAGCGAUCCACUUUUGCUGCGCGCGACUUUCUGCGCGCGGGAGGAAGGAUCUAAUAAAUAACUAGCGGAUUGUUAUUUGAAUCGCCGCGCGGAAAGAGCGAGAUGCCGCCGCCGCCGACGACGACGACGAGAAUUUAAUCGCCGGCUGCGGAUCAAAAUUAUUGCGCUUUCUAAACGAUAAUACCUACGCAACGCGGGUGCUUUCAAGAUAGGAGCAACUUUGCACGAGUACUGCCUCACGGUUGGUUAGCGAAGGUCGAAGAACUCGCGCCGCGCCGCGGUCGUAAAGUGUCGGUGUAACUGUAGUGUGUAUGUAUAAAUCGCGUAGACCUUGUAUAUUUAAUAUUGCGAGAUUCCCGCGGAAAACUCGCCGAUCGCGCUCUCUCGUGUUUUUUACGAUCAUCUUCUCUCGUAUCUUCUCCUAUACCAUAUACGCGCUCGCUCGGUCCUACCGUCCAAUUCUUCAUUUUACUCUUAUUAUCGUUGUUUCGUAACACGGCCUUGCGAACGCGCGGUGACUAAGCUCGCACAAUGCAGAUCUCAGGUGAAGCCUCGAGAGGAUGGCGCGCGCGGACCCUGUUUUUCUCCUUCACACGUGUACGAUCGCAGCCGAUGGCCUCGGACUUCUCUUGCGUUACACUUUUGCCACGCCCCGAUCGAACGGGUAAGCUCAUCGCGAAAGUGAAACGCAAUAAAGGAGCCACGCCGAGCGAGAGUCUCGACAGACCGCGCGAAGGCGGAAGAGAGAGAGAGGCAGAUCGACGGGCUUGUCGAGACCAAGAAAAAGGGAGAAAGAGACAGGGAGAGAGAGGAGGAGAGCGAGAAAGGGAAAGAGAGAAAGAGAGAGAGGGAGGGAGAUGUAAGAGAUCCUAUCGAUCGGAACCUCGAGGCCUGGAAAUCGGUUUCCUCGCAGCAUCCCGCGAUCGUCGAGGAGUGCAGGCAGAUACGCUCGAUUCGAAUUUUCUCUCUCGAAACACGCGCCUUUGAUAAGCGAGUAAUUCAACGACCACGACGACGGAUGCUUCGAGCGAAAGUCAGUUUUUCCGUCGUUAAUUUAAGAAUACGCAUCGUGAUCCUUUGUUCUCCAUAAAAGUGAGGAAAAUAGUGACAGAGGGUCUUACGAAAACAAAACUUUCUAGUGAUCGAUCGACGUCUUUCAGUAUCUACUCACGCGCCAAGAGAGUCGACUCGUGCGCUCUCUUACGAUUAUUCUAAUUAUAGUACAAAGUCACAUGUGUCUCCGCAGAUCUCGCGAUAUGAUUGUCGAUAUUAGACGCGUGUCCAAGCAUUUCGAAAGGAGCCGCGAUUCGCUAACGAAUCCCGGUUAAUUCGGAGCGUUUCGCAAAAGGCGGCUCGCGAAGGCUCGGCGAUUGCGCAAAAUUCGUACCAUUUGCGAAUCUAACCCGGCAGACUUUUCAACCAGUUUCCUGUAAAACCAGCUCGGAUUUCUCGCCGCGCACUGCGCCUAUCCGCGAAAUUGCGUCAGCUUCUCGAGGGGCGAGGGCACCGCCGCGUCGCACCUCACGAUCUCAUCUCGCGGCUUCUCCCGCUCCAGUUCGCGUGCGUGAUUUCACCGUGUCACUUGCGUGUCCGCCGGUCUCGCACGCGCGACACUUUCAGCCGUUCGUUUCGUUCGUCCACCGAAUUGCGACAGCCGGCGAGCGAAAAUAAAAAGAAAAGCGGAAAGGAAAAUACAGCUUGCGGUCGCGCCGUUGGGAAACGUUCGUUUGAGCGUACGCCUGUGCCGCGGUGCUCCCCAGCACGCGAGCCUUAUGUUACCUUUCAGUCGUGAAUCAUAAAUUCCGACGACUACACGUAUAAUAAAAUGCGUAUCGAAGCAACGACCGUAAAUAGUAAGAAUAGCAUGUACGGCACUCACGGCUCCUGUGUAACGCGAAUCGCACACGUCACACAUGUAUACAUCACCUAGCUGUUAGAAUUCGUUUGUAUAUCGAGGCUCAAUCUUAUAGUUAAACGAAAUCUCGCCAAGAGAAUGAACCACCGCAAUGAGCAAUGUGCAAUGGGCGUCGUACGGGCUCACUGCCUCUCUCUCAAGCGUCCCGAAUUCUUCGACACGAAAUUAACUUUGCACCACACAAUCGCCUCCCAUCGGCAUCAUGCGCUUAUGUAGUCGCACGUGUAUAAUUUCAUUAGAAAUCACUCAUUUCGACAAUGCUCGCGGAUGUGGUGGCUCGACGAUAGAUGCUAUCGUUUUCUCGAGGAACGAUAUCCCCGUGCGGAGGCACCCGCGUCGUUCUAAAUAUAAUGAAGCACACAUCUCGUGGACCAAAGUCGACUAAUCUCAUUCCGCCAUUCCGACGACGAUACGUAACAUCUUAUUCCGAUCAGCUCGGUAAGCCCGGCUUAGAUCUGCAUUUUAAUUAUGACUCGAGACCUCCGUCAGGCUCACACCCGUCGCAAACCACCUCUCAGGCUUUACCGCAAUCUCAAUCGCCGCUAACGUCGAAUUCUAAUGGAACUAAUCGAUUCGCACGAGUGUUCGUACAACCCUCCUGUAAUUACAUAUAGUCAACUGCGCGCGGUAUGUACUAAAUAAAACAAGAAGCAACUUGUAAAAAGAGCUCUCUAAUUUUUAUAUGAGAUAUAAAUAUACGAUAUGAAUAUGCAUAGUUAAUAUAUACGUACAGAUAGAAAUAUAAAUCGUACCACCCACGAAUGUGAUUUGACCGAGGUUACCGUGUUAUACGUACUUACUAUUAGCCACGGAAACGGCGCCGUGUGCCGAGGAAGCUAUAAAGCGCUCGUUACCUUUAGAACAAGUAGUUUUUAAGGGACACACGCGUACAUAUACACACCGUUACCCACUGACACACGCAGAAACACACACCAUACACGAAAGUUUUCAAGCUCAGUUCAAUCCUACAGAUCCUUACGUUUAUAGUCAAAUAUAAAGAGCAUAACAAGCGCCAAGCGUUUCAAGCGGACGAACGAUCGUAGUAUUGUUUAAUAUUAUUACAAAGAGAAUGUGUUAUUUGUGUUAAUGAAGCUGGUCUCGCGCUGCGUUUCAGUUUUGUGAAUAAAAUACGACGUCUCCGUCUAAUGAACCUCAAUGGUUUACCGGAGAAAAAUGACUGAAAAUUCUUCGUGUCGUGAAAAUCUCGUUUCAAGUACCAAGCCUUUCAUUUACGGACCUAAUUGUAAAUAUUUCAAUUAUUUAUUCUUCUUCCUUCUCAAUUUUAAUUAUUUAUAUUGUAAGAAUUCAGUAUGUAGUGUCCUCCCUGGUGCAAAAGAAGGAGAAUUGUAACAUUUCAAUAAUUCUGCAAAUUAUAACUAUGACUCUUCCUUGUGUGAAAGGGAGAGGUUUCCAUUACUUAUGCGUGCAUAAUUCACGACUGAAGUUGCUCAGAUCGCCGAUUGAAAUUGCCGUUCGAAAAAUGACCCAUUGAAUUGUUCAAUUCUUCCCAUGACGCGAGAAGACGCGGUUGGCUCAUCGGACGGGAUGAUCGAGUAGAGACGACGUCCGUGAACGAUCCUAUAAUUGUUCGUCACUCCUAUUUUCCGUAUGACAUUUAUAGCUACGUAGUCACGCCUUUGUAGCACGACGAUGACUGUAUAUAUGUCAAUAUGUAAUAUUUGAGAUGCAAAAAUAUAUAUAUUAUAAUUCAAUAAGAGAACAACUCUCUUCGAUCGCUUCAUUUCAAUCGAAUCUUCCCUGCAAUUAAAGAUUACUAUGCAAGAACCACUUCCAUUGUCAACAAGCAGGAUAGUUCUUUCAUAUGUGAAAGCAAACAGC